AUGUAUCAACCAGCAGAUAGAGAAAAGAUUGAACUUUAUAUCUCAGCUCGUAAGCUAGCAAACAAGGAUGUCAUUUCAGAUAGCGAUCCCAAAUGCAAGAUAUUUUUACGAGAUUAUAAUGGAGUCGAAAAAUAAGUGGGUCAAACAGAGGUUUUAAAAAAUAAUCUCAAUCCUGAUUGGAAAGUAAUUAUGUACCUAAUUAGACAACCAUUCAAAUGGAUUUCAUAUUUGAAAUUAAAUAGGGGCUAAGAUUUGAAGUUUGGGACCAUGAUGACGGAAACAUUGAUAAAGAUGAUUUAAUCGGGGUUGUUGAUGUAUCUAAUAUUAUCUCAUUAUUUUUAAGACUACAGUUGGAGAAAUUAUGGGAUCAAGAAACUAAGUCUAUAGUGGCUAAUUAAAAUUGAAGAAUAAGGCCACUGGAACAUUACUUAUUAAGGGGGAUAAAUUGAAGGAUGACAAUAGAUACAUAUUCUGGCAAUGGGAAGGGAAAAAAAUAAAGAAUGUAGAUGGUUGGUUUGGAAAUUCGGAUCCAUUUUUGAGAUUUUAUAAACAAUCUGGAAAUGAUUGGUUGUUUGUUCAUGAAACAGAGUUCUGUAAAAAUAACGAAAAUCCACAUUGGAAAGCCUUUGAAAUUUCAAUGGCGAAAUUAAAUGGUGGACAUACACAAUAAUAGAUAAAAGUUGAAUGUUGGGAUAACCAAGUUGACGGUAAACAUUAAUUUAUUGGGGAAACUAUUUUCACAACUCAUUAAAUUGAAAAUGAACUUAAAAAGGAAUUCAUAUCAUUAUCGAAAAAAGGAGUAUAGUAUUUAUUAAUUUAUAGACUAAUCAUGGUACUCUUACAUUAACAUAGUUUAGUGUCUUUACAAAGCCAUCAUUCAUUGAUUAUAUAAAGGGAGGAGAGCAAAUUAAUUUAAUGAUAGCUGUUGACUUCACAGGUUCCAAUGGAGAUCCAAAAUCAGCCAAUUCUCUACAUUACAAUAGCCCAAAUCAAAUGAAUCAAUAUCAGUCUGCUCUUCAUCAAGUGUCAGAGAUUUUAUUAAAUUAUGAUUUUGAUAAGAAGAUACCUAUGUACGGAUUUGGAGGUGUCCCUCAUUUUCCCAACUAUUCAAAGAAUGAAGCAGAUCAUUGGUACUGAUGUGUAACAUAAUCAUAGUUUUCCAUUGACAGGCAGUUUCCAAUAACCAGAAGUUUUCGGACUGGAAGGAAUUAUGGCAUAAUAUAGUGGUGCUCUCCACCAUGUUACAUUAUCAGGACCAACAUAUUUUGCCCCGAUAAUUUAAUAUGCUUGUUAGACAGCUUAAUAAAAUGUGAAUAAUAAUAUUUAUUCGGUUUUAAUGAUAUUGACAGAUGGAGAAAUUCAUGACAUGAAUUAGACUAUUCAAUUAAUUAAAGGAGCAGCACGAAUUCCACUUUCAAUAAUUAUCAUUGGAGUUGGAGAUGAACAUUUUUAACAGAUGAGAACACUAGAUGGAGAUAAUGGUCCAUUGAAAGGUUCAUCUGCUAGAGAUUUGGUUUAAUUUGUGCCAUUUAGAGACUUCAAAUAAACAGGAGAAUUAGCAAAGGAAGUUUUAGCAGAACUGCCAAAUCAGUUAGUUACCUACAAAUAACUGUUGGGACUAUAACCAUUAAAGGCUCCAGAUGUUCAUCUUAGUUAAAUGAUGUGAAGAUUAUCAAUAAAAAAAAAAAA